AUGGUACUUAGACUUGGAACGCUCAAUGUUGGAUCACUGACUGGCCGCAGCAUGGAAAUCGCAGAAAUGCUCGAGCGUAGAAGGAUUGACAUCUGCUGCCUUCAGGAAACCCAAUGGAAAUCGAAUGACAAAGAAAAAUAUAAACUAUUCUGGAAUGGUCAAAAGACGGCCAAAAAUGGUGUUGGAAUUUUUGUCAGAGAACCGCUAGCCCAAGAAGUACUGGAUAUUAAAAGGAUUAAUUCAUGUCUCAUGUGGAUCAAGCUUCGCAUAGAAAAGCAAAAAAUGAUUAUUUUUUCUGCAUACGCACCACAAACAGACGAAUCAGAAGAGAUGAAAAAUGACUUCUGGACUGCAUUCUGUGACACCAUCUCAACAAUACCAAAAUCUGAAACAAUCCUGAUUGAAGGCGAUCUCAAUGGUCACGUUGGAGAGAAAACAGGUGGUUUUGACAAAGUACAUGGCGGUUUUGGCUAUGGAAAACGGAAUGAAGAUGGCAACCGCACCCUUGAGUUUGCUAAAAUUAUACCCGGCGAAUCAUGCGUCGCCCAACAUAGACUCCUUAUGGCAGACCUGGUUGUCGAACUGUCAAAACAUAAGCCUAAACAAAUGCCUCGGAGAAUCAAAACGUGA